UAGUGACCACUUUCCCUGAAAGAGUUAAAACUUUCUCAAUUAGUUUUUUUCGUUACCUAACUGGGCCGCUUGGCGUCGCUAACUCGCUAAAAAUCACGAGUGUCAUCCGAACCGGAAACACGAGCGCAAACUAGUCCCAGUCCUAGCCAACCGAGCGCACCCUGACAAACCCAAGUACCACCCCCGAGUAUCAGAUGAAGCCAACCCGGCCGGCGAGCAUGUAGACGCGGCUGCCUACAGCUAGAGAUGGCCCGCGGAGAAGCCGGAGCCUCGGCUACAGGCUGAUAUCAAAUCAACACAAACGCCAUCAGCUACCGUCGAACAUGGGUCGACUACGGAGGAGAGCUUGCGUGGCUCUCUUCCUUUUCACUCUCUUCAUCUUUGGAGCCAUGAUGGCACUCCGCACCCUCAAAACCGGGGACGGCUUCUCGGAUCUGCUCCCCGACACGCCGCAGCGGCGCUCCGUGCAGCGGAGCUCUUCAUCCUCUUCCCCCGCUCGCCAGCGCACCAACGCGGCAGCGGCGCCCAACGUCGGUCCGGAGGGGAGCAUCUUCGACGACGUGCAUAUAUUCUACUACGUGUGGUACGGAACCCCGCGGGCGGACGGCAAGUUCAUACACUGGGAUCACGUCCUGGUGCCGCACUGGGACCCGAAAAUAGCGUCCAGCUAUCCGCGGGGGAGGCACGUACCGCCCGAGGACAUCGGUUCCAGCUUCUACCCGGAGCUCGGCCCGUAUAGCUCGAGAGAUCCGGACGUGCUGGAGUCCCACAUGGAGCAGAUUGCGGCGUCGGCGGCAGGCGUCCUGGUGCUGUCGUGGUAUCCUCCCGGCAUGGCUGAUGACAACGGGGAACCUACAGAGGAUUUCGUACCUGCCAUACUGGACGCUGCAUACAGACACAAUCUUAAGGUCGCAUUCCACCUCCAACCAUACAGAGGACGCAAUGAACAGAGUGUGCUUGAAAACGUCAAGUACAUCAUUGACAGGUAUGGAGACCACGCAGCUUUCUACCGGUUCAUGUCGAGCACCGGCAAAAGCCUCCCAUUAUUCUACAUCUACGACUCAUACCUGACGCCACCAGAGUCUUGGUCGCAGCUGCUGUCGGCGGGCGGCGCGCGCAGCCUGCGCGGCUCGGCCUACGACGGUGUCUUCGUAGCGCUGAUAGUGGAGGAGCGCCACAAACAGGACAUCGCCUCGGGCGGCUUUGACGGCAUGUACACAUACUUCGCCUCCAACGGCUUCUCCUUCGGCUCGUCGCACCAGAACUGGAAGGCGCUCAAGGCCUUCUGCGACGAUAACGAACUCCUGUUCGUACCCUGUGUGGGGCCGGGUUACGUGGACACCAGCGUGCGGCCGUGGAACGGCCACAGCACACGCAACCGCGUCAACGGGCGCUACUAUGAGACGGCACUGCAGGCAGCGCUGGACGCGAGGCCGGAACUGCUGGCCAUCACUUCCUUCAACGAGUGGCACGAGGGCACGCAGAUCGAGAGGGCCGUACCAAAGAAGACAGCCGCUAGGGUCUACUUGGACUACCGGCCGCACGGGCCGCAGCACUACCUGGAGCUCACAAGGCGCUGGGGCGAGAAGUUCAACAAGGAGAAGGAGACAUGGCUCAUGUGAGGACGGACAAGCCGGGACAUUUUUAGCAGGAAAUUGUACGAAACUUUAACCCAUUUGGAUGUUUUUCUAGUGAGAAGCUAGUUGAAAUUAACAGCAGAUGGAUGAAAAGUAUGGGGGACCAAAAUGGAUAGAAUAAAAUGUAUGAAUCCAUCUUUAAAUAAAUACCGUAUUGGAAUAUAAGUCGCACCUCAGAAUAAGUCGCACAUACUGCAUAAAUUGUAUCGGAGUCGCAUUAAUCUGCAGAAUGGUUUUGUUUUUGGUUCCAUUUUGUUCAGUCCUUCUCAGUUGUUUUUAUAAGUUACCGCCAAUCAUAGACUUCAUAAUGAUAUUGACGGGACGCGGGGCCAAUUAAUUGGGGGCCUGCAUUGUUGGCGUGGCCGUCAAAGCUUACUGAGUGGUAUCACAGACAAAUAGUUUUUUUUCAAUGAAAGUUCUUGAGAAUAAAUGCUUAAAUUCCUGAAUCCUUUAUAGUAAUGGAUGUAAAACAGUCUUGAUUCUUGGUUAAAAGCAAGAAAAACGUGCAGUUAGCAUUUAUUUUACGUAAAUAUGUCGAAGUAUGAUGCUAGUCUGGAAGUCAGUGUGGCGGCCGCCAUUUGUAAAUAGAGCUUUUCCGGUGAAAAUCCUUCUGAAUAAAUUCUUAAAUCCCUGAAUUUUUUUAAAUAGAUAUGGACGUAAGACAGUCUCGAUUCUUGGUUAAAACAACAAAAAAAAACUGUGCAGUUAGCAUUUGUUUUACAUAACAAUGUCAAGAUAUGAUGCUAGUCUGUCAAUGGGGCGGCCGCCUUAUAUAAACAGAGCUUUUCCGGUGAAAAUUCUUGUGAAUAAAUGCUUAAAUCCCUGAAUUCUUUAUAGAUAUGGACGUAAGACAGUCUCGAUUCUUGGUUAAAAGUAAAAAAAAAAAAAGUGCAGUUAGCAUAUAUUUUACGUAAAUAUGUCGAAGUAUGAUGCUAGUCUGUUAGUCAAUGGGGCGGCCACCUUAUGUAAACAGCUCUUCCAGUGAAAAUUAUUGUGAAUAAAUGCUUAAAUCCCUGAAUUCUUUAUAGAUGCGGACGUAAACCAGUCUCAAUUCUUCGUUAAAAGCAACAACAACAAAAAACAUGCAGUCAGCAUUUAUUUUACGGAAAUAUGUCAAAGAAUGAUGCCAGUCUGUUAGACAAUGUGGGGCAACCUUACAACAAAGAGCUUUUUACGUUGAAAAUUGUGAAAAAAACGAAAAAUAUAAUUACCUUGAAUCCUCGAGCAAAUCACUCCUGAGACAAUCAUUCCUGUUUGAGGGACAGCUUUUGUACUUUUUCAACCUAAAUCCGGCGUUGGAUCGCUGCAUGUGUUGCUGCGACAGACUACGAAUAACUGAAGCUUUGGGGACCUUUCGGGUUUUGUAAAGGGCUAUAUAAAUAAAUUUGAUUUGAUUUGAAGCGGAUUGUGGGAUGGCCCCCUACUUGAAGGCGUGGCGCAGUGAAGGUCGAAUUUGACCUGUCAAUAUCAUUAUAAAGUCUAUGCGCCAAUGUUGAACCACAGGCCUUGAGCUCCCUCUUGCGGUUUAGUGUGUUAAUAGCAUGUAAAAUGAUAUACAACAUACAACCCGAAUUGCUGAGCAAGUUGGAAUUAAAGCUUUAAGUACUCCUAAAUACCCCCUGAAUCCCAAACUAACUAUCCAAAAAUAUGCAUUAUAUCAAUAAAAUAAAGAAAAAUAGCGACUUAAAAAAAACAUUUAGUGCAAUUUUGGCCGCAGAAAUGUCUAAAUUACUAGUUGUUUUUUUUGCCCAAAAACGGGCAGUAGGCCGAAAAUUACCUAAAUACAGUGAUCCCUCGCUACUUCGCGCUUCAAAUUUCGUGCCCUCAGUCCAUCGCUGAUUUUUUUCCACAUUUAAAAAAAAAAACAAAAACACAAUACAUAUAAGCUGUCCUGAGCCAAUCGCUCUUUCCCUCCCUUGCUCUCCCUGCUCUUUGUGCGUCAGAGUGUGAACUGGAGUUGUAAACGAUGAUUGACAGACGGUUAAGUUUUGAUCUUGCCAGGGACUCGACCUUCAAAGCACCUCAUGAGUCAAUCAUCGUUUAACUUGUUAAGCAGUUGCGGUGGCAACUUAUUGUGUGUAAGUGAGCAGCUGGAGCGGAUUUAAUUGGACACUCAAUGAAGCAUUUAAUAAAGACAAGCAUUUUUUUUUUUUUUUCAUGGAUUGGGGGUCUACAUUUUUUCUUGUUUAAAAAUAACUGUGGGACAAUAACAUGUUUAAAACUUAUCAUAAUUAUUACAUUUAAAGUGCUUAAAAAACAUUUAUUAAAAUUAGGGCUGUCAAAAUUAUCGCGUUAACGGGUGUUAAUUUUUUAAAUUUAUCACGUUAAAAUAUUUGACGCAAUUACCGCAUGCACUGAAUGACCCGCUCGCAUAUUGCCUCAAACAGAUUACAAUGAGGCCGUUUAUGGACAUUAAGAGUGAAGAGAAUGCCACCGGCCGUUUGGGGGCAGCGCCGUUCCAUACUCAUGUUAUUUCUUCUAAACGUGGGAGAAUUUGUAGUUGUGAGACGUUUAUGCUGUAUUCACAAUGCAAUGCAAAUUGCUAUUUGUGCUCCACACAUAUUUCGUUAAGUUUUCUUUCUUUUAGUGGCAAUUAUGUGUCUCUUGAUGUAUUUUGGGUAAGAUAUGUACAGAUAUAUGUUAUACAGUAAAGGCGAGUGGACACGGGCGUUCUUUGGACCGCGCCGUUUAUUGGCAUAAACUUCGGCAACUUCUUCACAACAAACAUAAGUAUCGUUUAGUGAAAGCACAACAAAAAUAAUAUUCCUAUCUCUCCAAAAAAAAAAAAAAAAUGUUCACAAAAAGAAAAGCACUUCAGUUUAUGUAAUGAGGCCCUAUUCUGACACACAGUUAAACAACAAUGCAAAAUGAACUGGCAUUCCAUAUCAAAAUAGCUAUGCAAAAUACACGUAAAUCUUUUCACUCUAUUUUUAUUAUUGUUAUUUUUAUUCUUCUUAUUAUUAUUAUAUUAACGCUACUUUUGAUUGAAUUUUUUUUACAAAUUUUAUUAAAACGAAAACAUGAAGAAGGGUUUUAAUAUAAAAUUACUUUAACUUGUAACUAUAACAUUUAUCGUUUAAGAACUACAAGUCUUUCUAUCCGUGGAUCACUUUAACAGAAAGAAUGUUAAUAAUGCCAUUUGUGGAUUUAUUGUUACAAUAAACAAAUACAGUACUUAUGUACAGUAUGUUGUAUGUAUAUAUCCGUCGUGUCUUAUCUUUCCAUUCCAACAAUAAUUUAGAGAAAAAAAUGGCAUAUUUUAGAGAUGGUUUGAAUUGCGAUUAAUUGCGAUGAAUUACGAUUAAUUAAUUUUUAAGCUGUAAUUAACUCGAUUAAAAAUUUUAAUCGUUCGCCCUAAUUAAAAUAUAUACUUUUUUUAUAUAUAUUCUGGGGAAAAAGGUUAAAAAAAAAAGUCUUCUAUGUAUCUCUUUCCAAUGAUAGAUCUAAAUAAAUACAUUGAGCAAACAGUUUUUCACUUAUCGUGGUGGCUUCUGGUCCCCAUUAACCGCGAAAAAUUAGGGAUCACUGUAUUUGAAUGUAAAGUUACGCUAUUGUGUAUGGAUACAAAAUCCAACAUGGUGGCAAUCACAAAAUGAAGAGCUUUUUAAAUUAAAAAUUAUUGUAAAUAAAUGUGUAAAUCCCGGAAUUUCUAUAGAUAUGAACGUAAAACAGUCUAGAGUUUUGGUUAAAAAAAAAAAUAAAACAGGCAGUUAUUAUUCGUUUUACGUAAAUAUUUCAAGCUUAAGUGACGCAAUUUUUUCCCCCAUUCAUCUAAUUUUUUUCCACAACGUUUCAAAGUGCAUGCAUGGUGGUAUUUUAUAUAAUAAUUACCUUGAAUCAUAGACCAAAUCACUCGAGACACUUCUGUCUGCUUCAAUGCACUAAAAUGCUCGUUCUGUUUCCACCUAAAUCCGGCGUUAGAACGCAGCGUUUGAGAUUAUCGCAGUGAAAGCUGCCGGGAAGCACUGCCUGGCCCGGCCCCCUACGGGAUGCCGUGGCGCAAUGUCUGUAGGAGCUGUCUCGUCAACUCAUAGUGAAGUCUAUGAUAUAGUUCAUUCUGUCCCAUUUGGUCCUCCAUAGAAAAGAGUCAAAAGAGCUCUGGUAUUGUCAGUGGCACUGAACAUUUUUUAAAAAGCUUGAGUUAGUUUAUGUCCCUUUCAUGCUGUUUGGAAAAGGCAACACGUUCGUUGUUUUGUUAAAUAUUUAUGGUUUCUCCUUUAUUUUAUUUUUGUUAGAAAUUAUUUUAGUUUUUUGGAUGGCUUUUGUAAAAUUUCUUGGGAUGUAGUGUUUAUUUUUUAUUUAUUUUAGCAUUCUUUGGUUUUCAAGCUUUAUUUUUCUGUUAUUGAACUUUUCAUUUCUAUAUCAUCUAUUAUUCAAUUUAUUUAUUCAUAUUUUUAAAUUUUCUUUGAAUUUUACUUUUAUGUGCUUUUAUUUUUUUAAAUAAUUUGACAUAUUUUUUCAAUAUUUUCUCCAUAUUUUUUGCCUCUAUUUUUUUCAGUUAUGUUUCAAUUUGUUUUCAGUCAACAAAAAACAAAAUUUACGCCGAGUAAAGCUGCGUAGCUGAUGUUCAGAUCUUCUCAGCAGCAAUUCAACUUAACUAGAACUCCUCACAAAACUAAUUCAAUAUCAGCAGAAAACAUUUGCGUGUCCAUUUGCUUUUCCUCUGCUAUUUCUCAACUACUGUCAUAACGGCGUAACGGUCAAAUCACAGAACAUUUCCAGCUUACUGACAACCACACAAAGUGUCUCAUGUUUAUUCGCUGCUAAUUUUUCAUACUAAGUCCUACUGAAUAGUCGCAAGAAGAAAACAUCUGCAAAUUUGGCUUAAAACUACUUAAUAGCCUCGCAACUUCUACCAGUGCACACUAUGUACAGUGACGAUCUAACAAAUUCUGCAAUAAAAAAAUCUUUAAAAUGGCUUUAUGACUUCAAAAUGUGUUAAUUAGAAUUUUGUUCCCAGUCGCUUUGUCAAAGCUUCUUCCAGAAAUGAAUUUAUUUCAAAAUAAAA